AUGGAUGGAUGGAUGGAUGGAUGGAUGGUAUAAUAUGUUUGUAUUUUUUAAGAGUAAAGUUUUACCGUAAUUAAAACACAUCCCAGUAUUUUAAAGGGGCAUUAUGUAAAAUCCACUUUUUUGAGCUGUUCUGUUAUUCCCUCUUCAAAAACAAACAUGGAGUGUUAUCCUGAUUCUUUCAUGUUUGAGAGAUUCUUUAAUCUCCAUGGCAACCAUUCAGUUGUUAAACAUGCUGUGGUUAGAGAUCGGCUACAUGAUCCCUAGUUUGUGUUUUUCUGUUUCUCCUUUAAGUUCUCGCAAAGAGUUUUAAUCAAACAUUUCUGACCGUUUAAAGUAAAGAAGAAGAGCUAACGGUAGCAGUUAGCUUGCUAGGCUGCAGCUGACUCAACUCAGGCCUCUUACUGGUUGCACUGGGGCCGCUAAUGUUUUUAAGGUGCACAAAAUUUUCAACUGAAUCACAUUUAACAUGAAACUUUUACUGGAACAUUGUGUUUAAAUCUCUGUCCACCAAGGCAAGAUUGCUUUAAUGAUUAAGAAUCUAGUAAACCAAGUUAUGGAUCUGAAGCAGACAGGAUGGGUAAACACUUAGAAACAUCUCAAGAUGAAACGAUUGAAAUAUGACAAAAUCUACAUUAUACUGUACAUGCAAAUCUUUUCAGGUUAGGGUUCAGGCAGCGUUACGGUGGAUGAUCAUCGGUUGUUGAUCGCAGCAUAGAAAGAUUUUAUACAUGCAAUGAGCUUUUUCACUGUUCCAGGUGGAAGUGGAUCAGAACCGGUCAGUGCAUUUCCCUCCAGGUGGCUGAACGGAGCUUCCUCUGCAGUAUCUGUUUCUCCAGCAGGGGGUUUGGACUAGCAGACCAGAACCAUGGGAUGUUCCAAAGAUCCAUGAGCAGCUGGAUCACAUUGGCUGUGUCAAAAUAUCUGUCUCCCACGUUCUGAUAAUCAUUUAAGGUUUUCUUUCUCAGCUGGAGUAAAAGGGUCCAAAUCGUUUCUUGUUGUUUAUGUAAAAUCCUGUUUGAAUAUUUUCUUUUUAUCUUCAGGGACACUUCUCUGAUCUCUCUGCGUAAUAAAUACGUUGAUCCUGUUAGCCAACCUGGACGCUCGGGUCGUUGAAGGAUGGAGGCCGUAGAAAGAUCUGCAGAUGUUCAGCUGAUGCUGCUGGUGGAGGAAGAUCCUCCUGAAGACCAGAGUUCUGAUGCGGACCAACCGGAUCCAGAAGCCGUCUGCAUUAAGCAGGAACAGGAAGAGCUGUGGAGCAGCCUGGAGGAGGAGGAGCUCCCUCCCACUGAAGACGCUUUCCCUUUAAAUAUAGUCAUUGUGAAGGGUGAGAAUGACGAAGACGACGAUGAAGAGAAACCUUUGUUCUCACAUCGUCAUCAAGCAGAAGAUGAAGAUCUUCCAAGCAGCUCAGUUGAUCAGACGAAGGCAGAAAGUGAUGAAGAGGACGGUGAGGUGGCAGGGUCCAGCAGAAGGCUUGACCACAACAUUCACACAGAGGCGCUCAACUCUUCAGAGACCGAGGAAAGUGAGGAGUACGAUAGAUCGAAGCGUGGCGAAGCUGACCUGAAGCCCCUAUCGGGUUCCGAGUCCGGAGCCGAAGACGACUGGACUCCUCCGGGAAACAAGACCCUGAGCUGCUCCGAGUGCAGCAACCAGUUCGCCAGCAAGCGCUCCCUCCAGAGACACAUGACGGGUCAUUCCAUCAUUCGCUCUCUGAACUGCAACGAGAAGCGGAAGCAGAAAGGCAUCAAUUCACCAAGUAAAGAUCAAACUGCGCUGAAAUAUUUUAGUUGUGACUGUGGGAAAAGUUUCACCAGGAGAACCGAUCUGAAGAUCCACAUGAGGAUCCACACAGGAGAGAAACCCUUCUGCUGCGACGUCUGCGGUCAGAGGUUCAACCAGCAGGCCCAUCUGAACCAGCACACCAGAAUUCACACUGGAGACAAACCGUUCUGUUGUGACGUCUGUGGGAAAAGAUUCAGCCAGAAGGCGCAUCUAAACCGGCACACAGUGAGCCACUCAGGGGAGAAACCCUUUGAGUGCGACGUGUGUGGGCAGAGAUACAGCCAACAGGCCAACCUGAACAAGCACAGGAGGAGCCACACUGGGGAGAAACCCUUCGGAUGUGAUCUGUGCGGACAACGGUUCAGCCACAAGGAAUCGCACAAAAUCCACAUGAGGCUGCAUUCAGGAGAGAAACCGUUUGGUUGUGAUGUUUGUGGACAAAGGUUCAGCCACAAGGAGUCCCUGAAGAUCCACAUGAGGACGCACACAGGGAUGAAGCCGUUCGCCUGCGAAGUGUGCGGACAAAGGUUUGGCUACAAGUCCAACUUAAAAAUACACAUGAGGCUCCACACGGGAGAGAAACCGUUUUCCUGCGAUUUUUGUGGACAAAGAUUCAUCCAGAAAGGAAAUCUGGACAAACACACAAGAGUCCAUGUUGAAGGGAGGGGCGUCUUACUCUGAGCAGCAGAGCAGAAAGACUGAUUAUGACUACAGGGGGCUUUGAUAGUUUGUUUUAGACGACGUAUUGUUCUUAAUAUUUAUUGUUUCUGUUAAUAAAAUGUCUUAAAAUGAG